CUUUAUCAUCAUUAUUAUUAUCAGCUGCAAAGGACGCCCGGGCUCUGCUUUUGUGGAUAAAUUGUCACAUUUUUUUGUUUUUUUUUUGCUGUUUUCUGGGAAACCACGUGUAUUUAUUGUUUGACUAGGAGACAGACACCUGCAGCAUGCUUGUACUUGUAAAUGUCAUGAACUCAGACAUGUAUAGAGUUUUAAUAUAGCAGAUUGCUUUAUUAUUAUUGAUAUUUUUGUGCAUCCGCCUGUUUUGGGAAAUAUUGUGGAUUUAUUUGUUUGGAUUUUUCUUUUUUUGGGUGCCUUUUUUUUUAUCCUAAAAAAAAAAAAACAUAAAAUAAUGAAGCACUUGCAAUUCGUGCUGGUGCUGGCCAUCGCUGUCAACGUUUGGGAGUGCGGCGACGCCAAAUUCGGACCCGAGCGCGGUGGCGAAGUGAGCGCCAGGCGGCGACGCUGCUACGACGGCAGCCUGCCCAAGCGCCUCAAGAAGCGGGAGAGGAAAGUGCUCCUGGACGGCGGCGGAGGCGGCGGCGGCGGCGGCGGCUCCACGACCGUCACCAGCGGCGGCGGAGGCGGAGGCGAAGUGUGUCACCGGCUCUACCCGCGAGUAUCCUGCUGUCCCAGCAGGCGAGCGGCGUACCAGAUCGCGCACCGCAGGGAUGCCCGGAUCUUCACCACCAACAACACGGAAUGCGGCCGUCUGCUGGAGGAAAUCAAGUGUGCGCGCUGUUCCCCCAACGCGCAGGUGUUGUUCCAUCCGUCGGACCCCGGCAGGAUGCCACACAGGGAGCCCGACCUGCCUCAGCUCUGCCAGGACUUCUGCCGCGAGUUCUACUACACCUGCCGGGGACACGUACCUGAAUUGUUCCAGGCUGACGUGGACGAGUUCUGUCAAUACUACGGCAGACGAGAUGCUGGCCUGUGCUUUCCAGAUUUUCAACGAAAGCAAGCACAGGGCCAAGAUUCCAACUACUUGGGAGACGAGAAAAUGGAAGAUGUCAGCAGGAAACACAAACACAACUGCUACUGUGCCCAGGAGGUGUUGAGUGGUCUGCGGCAGCCGGUGGCCGUGGUGCACUGCGGCGAUGGAUCCCAACGCCUUUUUGUACUGGAGCGGGAGGGGUUUGUCCGGAUACUCACGCACGACUUGCAGCUGCUCAAGGAGCCCUUUCUGGACAUCCACAAGAUGGUGCAGAGCGGCCUGAAGGGCGGAGAUGAAAGGGGCCUGCUAAGCCUGGCAUUCCAUCCCAAUUAUAAAAAGAAUGGCAAGCUCUACGUGUCCUACACCACAAACCAGGAGCGCUGGGCCAUCGGCCCGCACGACCACAUUCUCCGCGUAGUGGAGUACACCGUGUCCAGAAAGAACCCAAACCAGGUGGACACCCGAACCAUUCGGGUACUGAUGGAAGUGGCUGAACUGCACCGGAAGCAUCUGGGCGGGCAGCUCCUUUUCAGCCCCGAGGGUCUGCUGUACAUCGUCUUGGGGGACGGGAUGAUCACCCUGGAUGACAUGGAGGAGAUGGAUGGACUCAGUGAUUUCACAGGGUCCAUGCUCAGGGUAGACGUAGACACGGACAGCUGCGCAUCCCCCUAUUCCAUACCGCGAGACAACCCGUACUUCAACAGCACCAACCAGCCCCCGGAAAUUUUUGCACAAGGCUUACAUGACCCAGGCAGGUGCAGUGUGGAUCGGCUCCAAACCGAAAAUGGGAGCCUCCUCAUGCUCUGCACGGAUGCUCAUGGCAAAAACUCCACCGCGGGAAGAAUAUUGGAGAUAUCCAUGGGGAAAGACUAUGAAAACGAACCUUCUGUCUACGACCUGCAGUCCAUUCGAGGAGCACCACCAGUGGGAGGCUUCAUCUACAGGGGUUGCCAGUCUCGAAGAUUGUAUGGCAGUUACGUGUUUGGAGAUAGGCUUGGUAACCUGCGGAUUCUCCAGAAGUCAUUGAUAACGCUGUCACCAGCAAGCGAGCAGUGGCAGGAGAAACCACUUUGUCUGGGCUCAGACGGAUCUUGUGGCUCCUUGCUAGUUGGAAACAUCCUGGGAUUUGGAGAAGAUGAACUGGGUGAAGCCUACAUACUGGCGAGCAGUAAAAGCAUGGCGCAGUCGCACAGCGGGAAACUCUACAAGUUGGUGGACCCCAAAAGGCCCCUGGUCCCCAAGGAGUGCCAGCGUCAGGUGGAGCCUCCCGAGCUGUUGAUGACAGCUUGUUCCAGACACUGCAAGAACGGACACUGCACGCCCACUGGCAAGUGCUGCUGCAGCCCCGGCUGGGAGGGGCCCUUGUGCCGCAUUGCCAAAUGCGAUCCAGGCUGCCGCAACGGAGGUGUGUGCAUGGAACCCAACAAGUGCCUGUGCAAGAGCGGCUACUCGGGCGGCCAGUGCGAGCAGAGCGAGCAAGGCAUGCCUAAUGACCAGGAGAAGGACGGCCUCCUGGACCACAUCAUCGACAUGACCUCGUACCUCCUCGACCUGACCAGCUACAUCGUAUAGAGAGAAUGUGAGGAGGCUUCGUCCUCUUCAAACCCUUCAACCCACCGACACAAAUCUACCUAGCGCCACCGGCUGACUCUAGCGAGGUAGCCUGAAUAUUUUGGGGGGCCCACGCUGAUAUACACACACACACACACACAAAAAAAAAAAAAAAAAAAAAGGAUCUCCGUCACAGCUGCCUUUUGUCGACACCACCGGACGUUACGGUUCCGAACCGGAUGAUAAGCUACUUGCUCCCCCCGAGCGCCCGGCCUGGCAUCCAAGUCACAGAAAAUGCCCCGCCAAGACAUUUCUGCUCCUCUCCAGGACAAAUAUUAAAAAAAAAAAAAAAAAAAAACCACCGCAACGGAGCGACCGAUUAUUUGGGCAAUUGUCCGUGAUGACUUUAGGACUUGUACGCAACCACAACCGUUGGACACUUUCAACGCAGGAAAAAGAGACGCCGGAUUGCAAACCUGCCCCCCCUCCAAACACCUUUUGCGUAGGUUCCAAUCUAACACACCUCCUCGCACUCGCCUCUUUGCAAAAGGGCAGCAUCAGCGUUGUAAUGGAGCAGGAUACUGCUGCAACCGUACUGUACGUCUUUCACACAGAGAGGUCAUGAGAUGACAUCGGUGGCUGGCGUGACGUGAGAAAAACUUGUCGCGCCGUGACGUUUGCUUUCGAUGCAUCAGGGCAGGAGUAGCGAGUUCCCCUUCAAAAACGUGCAGGACGACGUCCCGCCUCUCUUAUUGAAUGUUUUUUUCCGCCCUCGCCUUUAACACAGAAUCCAGUAACACGGCACUCCAACAACCAGAUUAAAUCACGUCACCAUCUGGUAUUGCCUUUAAAAAAAGAAGAAGAAGAGUAGAGUACCGUUUUAUUUACUUUGGUACGUGUAGUGAGUUUCAGUUCCGGCGGCAUCCCACCCUCUGUUACGGGUCUCCAUUCCGCUGUUUUCCCCUGUCCGUGUUCUGUAAAAUCGGCACCUUCGUGAUGAUUUUCCACAAAAACCUUUGAUUUCACACAUUCACACAGCAUCCCGCAGUCAGAUAACGUGGCGAUAUCCGUCUGAUGUGAGAAUUGCUGUCAAUGAAAUAAGGCUGGAAAAGGGUUAAAACUUCACAGCCCAACAUUUACAGAGAACCCAGCGAAGGCCCCCAAAUCAGUGAAAGGGCAUCCCGGAAAAAAAUGAAAAUUAGAUGGCAUCAGCGUCUGGUGUUACAGUGAAGAAAUGAAGUAUUUGAACACUCGGCUAUAUUGCAAGUUCUCCCACUUCGAAAUCAUGCAGGGGGCUGAAAUUUUCAUCCUAGGUGCAUGUCCGUUGUGAGAGAGAGAUUCUAAAAAAAAAAAAUAACUAAAAUACAGAAAUCACAAUGUAUGAUUUAUUUGUGUGAUACAGCUGCAAAUAAGUAUUUGAACACCUGUGAAAACCAAUGUUAAUAUUUGGUACAGUAGCCUUUGCUAAUACACUAAGACGUCAUGGUUUGAAAUCAUGCAUGGCACGGAAGGUUCCCCAGCUUAAACCAGCACAUGUCAAGGCCCGUCUUAGGUUUGCCAAUGACCAUUUGGAUGACACAGAGGAGUCAUGGGAGAAAGUCUUGUGGUCAGAUGAGACCAAAAUGAAACUUUUUGGUCAUAAUUCCACUAACCGAAUGAAUGAUGAGUUCCAUCCCAAGAACACCGUCCCUACUGUGAAGCACGGGGGUGGUAGCAUCGUGCUUUGGGGGCGUUUUUCUGCACAUGGGACAGGACGGCUGCACUGUAUUAAGGAGAGGAUGACUGCAGCCAUGUAUUUGUGAGAUUUUGGGGUACAACCUCUUUCGCUGAAGAUGGGUCGUUGCUGGGUCUUUCAACAUGACAACGGCCCGAAGCACACGGCCAGGAAAACCAAGGAGUGGCUCCGUAAGAAGCGUAUCAAGGUUCUGGCGUGGCCUAGCCAGUCUCCAGACCUAAACCCAAUAUAAAAUCUUUGGAGGGAGCUCAAACUCCGUGUUUCUCAGUGACAGCCCAGAAACCGGUCUGAUCUAGAGAAGAUCUGUGUGGAGGAGUGGGCCAAAAUCCCUCCUGCAGUGUGUGCAAACCUGGUGAACAACUACAGGAAACCUUUGACCUCUGUAAUUGCAAACAAAGGCUACUGUACCAAAUAUUAACAUUGGUUUUCUCAGGUGUUCAAAUACUUAUUUUCAGCUGUAUCACACAAAUAAAUCAUACAUUGUGAUUUCUGUAUUUUAUUUAAUUUUUUUUAGAAUCUCUCUCUCACAACGGACAUGCACCUAGGAUGAAAAUUUCAGCCCCCUGCAUGAUUUCUAAGUGGGAGAACUUGCAAUAUAGCAGAGUGUUCAAAUACUUCAUUUCUUCACUGUACAAUCGCUUUUGAUACACCAAGGCUGAAGACGUGCAUGUCAGGUGUUAAAACUUCACAAGCCUGCCCUUGCUUGCAAUUGUGGGCUCCGACCUUACACGCAGAUGGCGCCACGCCUCCGUUACGGCUUAGAGUCUGCCUCCGAAGGUUCAGAAUCGCCGGGUCGACUCCAGACAGCAACGAUUGCUUUCGGCGCGACGCGGUUUAAAAAUGUGUAAAAUACGUAUCCCGGCAUUGCAGAUUAUAAACUACCUCCAAAGGCGGAAAAAUGCCAGGUUGGCUCCAUCCCCCGCACACCUUCCAUUUCGUGUCGGUGCCUUUAUCGCAAAACAUCGACACUGUAAAAAAACAAAAAGAAGAAAAGAAAAGAGUGAAAAUGCCGUCUUUUCCCGGGUUUUAAAAAAAAAAAAGGCUCCCGUGGAAAUUCCAACCGCCAAGGGAAAAAGAAGAAGCGAUCGCAAAUGGUGAUGUAUAUUCCUCUAUAGCUUAGCUUUCCAAAAAAUAAAAAAAAAUGACAAAAAAACACAAAUCACGGAGAGAGAAAAAAAAAGCAUAGCAUAAUUAUGAUAGAGGGGAUUUAUUUUUCUAAGUGUAAUAAUAUAUGGGAGAGAGUGGUGUUUAUAAAAAAAAAUACAUUUUACACUAAGCUUUGUGUCCCUUUAGUGUACUCGCAGCUUGCUUUUGAAAUGCCCGUCCGCUAAUAAUCUGCUACACGACACAUCCACGAUGUUCGCGUUUGUUUGUCUUCAAGCGCCGACGAUGUGUUGUUGUUGUUGUUUUUUUUUUUUUUUUUGUUUUUUUUUGUUUUUGUUUCAAGCUGUGUUUGUUCACCUCACUGGGGUGUUGUUGACAUCAAUCCAAAAGUCUACCUGGUCAAAAACGAGUCCGCAGUGGAAUUUCAAUGCUGUAAA